UCUUGGUAAUUUCCGUUUCCGGCCUUUCUAAACUCGCGUUCAGUACGUGAGACUCACGUGUCAAUAGUUUCUAUUGAUUUCAGUUAAAAAAUAACUGUAAUCUUUUGUGAAAUAGAUAGUUUUCAUAUCUAAAACGCUAAAAUGCCACCAAAGUUUGACCCCAAUGAAGUUAAGAAAGUGUUCUUGAGGUGUGUCGGAGGUGAAGUCGGUGCAACUUCUUCUCUUGCUCCAAAAAUUGGUCCACUUGGUUUGUCGCCGAAAAAAGUUGGUGACGAUAUCGCAAAAGCAACGAGCGACUGGAAAGGAUUGAAGAUCACUGUACAGUUGACGAUUCAAAACAGACAGGCAUCGAUCUCAGUUGUUCCAUCUGCAGCGUCCUUGAUCAUUAAGGCACUGAAAGAACCACCAAGGGACCGAAAGAAAGUUAAAAUUCAAAAGCAUGGAGGAAAUUUGUCUUUUGAUGACGUUAUUAACAUUGCCAGAGCCAUGAGGACACGAUCAAUGGCCCGAGAACUGUGUGGGACCGUAAAAGAAAUUUUGGGAACGUGUCAAUCAGUCGGUUGCACUAUUGACGGACGACCACCCCAUGAUUUCAUUGAUGACAUUAAAAACGGUGAGGUCGAAGUACCAGAAGAAUAAGUUAUUUUAAAUCAUUUUUUUCAAUCUGAGUCGAACAGUAACAUCUUUUCACAUAUACUUGUGUAUAUUUGACACGUCAUUUUUCAAAUAUAUUUUUUUGAAAACCA